AUGUCCUCCCCCACGCCUCAACUCGGCUCACUCCAACGCCGCCUGACCGACCUGCACACAUAUCAGCUCCCGCGCUUACGCAGCUGUACUGGCCCGAUCGGGCUGCACGGGGAACUUACAGACGAGCUUCGGCUGGACCUGGCGGGUUUACGGCGGGGGCUUGAGGUGGCCAGGGAGGAGGUGGAGAUGCUGCAGGGAUAUGAAGAGCGAGAGGGGGGAUGGAGAGUGUAUGAAGAGCUGGAGAGGGAGUAUAAGCGUGCUAGGACAGAGUAUCGCUCCGCCCUCCUCUACUCCAAGUCCCGUAUCUCAACCACAAAAGCGCCCAUCCCCGGAAAACCCACCGCCGCGGAUAUGCGAUAUGAGCUGCAAGAUCCCUCUGUGGCUGCUGCAUCGUCUUCUUCGUCCGCGUCUGCGUCGGCGGGGAAAGGUCCUGAACGGUCCAACUCGACGACGUACCCACCCCGGUCUGCCGAUUUUGGGCGAGGCGAGCAGGAUGCUGUUCAGACCAAGACGAACGAGGUGACGGAUGCGCUGAGGCGGACGUUGGGGACGAUGCAGGUCGAGCUGGAGAAGAGCGUGAUGAGUGUGCAGAUGCUAGAAGUAUGGGCAAUACAGGCUGACACCCCGUUAGAAGACUCUACCCGCACCCUCCGCUCCACAUCGGCAUUAUACGAUACCUACACUUCCCUCCUCACUACCUCGACCCAGCUCGUCAAGGCGCUGGAAAGAGCAGACUGGUAUGACCGCCUCGUGAUCGCCCUCGCGUUCCUGCUGUUUCUUCUGGUGGUCGGGUGGGUCAUCAAGCGCCGAGUACUGGAUAGGGUCGUUGGCGGCGUAGGGUGGUGGGUCGGCGGCAGUGCGAGAUUGGUCAAGAUGGGUCUUGGAGGUGGACGGGGGAAGGCGGUCAAGCAGGGGGUGAAGGUGGGGACGGCGGUGAAGGGAGAGGUAGGGAAGAAAGGUGCUGAGAGUCUAGCGAAGACAGUGAGCGGAGUGACGGGGUCGGUUCUGGCGGGGGCGUCGACAGUGACUGCUGCUGCUAGUGUGCUGAGCCGCAGCAACGAGGGGAAGAUGGACACAGUAGGAUCUGUGGAACCAUCUCCAAGUCUGGCAGACUCCGUUGUAGCUCCCCCACCACCCUCUUCCGCAUCUGCCAUCUCUCCCCCAGAUCCCAGUAGUAGCGCACACGACGAGUUGUAG